AUCUCUUCUGUGACAUUUGUGGAGGAUUCCUGUUCAUGUUCCAGCAGCUCCACGGUGCCCCCUGUUGGCCGGACGGUGCAGCGCUCCAGUGUGGCACAGGUCGCGCUCCGGCGGCUGUUUAUCAAAGUUUGGAGCAGAAGGUGGCGCAGGAGGAGGAGGAGGAUGACGAGGAGGCGAUGGUAUAAAGCCGGAGCGCAGCACAUGUGCAGCUUCAGUGACAGCAGAGCUCUGCAGAGGAUCCCUAACGAGCACGAGCCUUCAGGAUUACUUCAGGAGCUCCGAGAACAAAGAUGGAUUUAAAAGUCUGGAUCUGUGUGCUGUCAGCGCUUCACACCUGGACUUUCUGUGCAGUUUUGGCGCAAACCUCCGCGCAGACUCCGUCCGCAGCUGGGACCAGCGCGCAGCACCACGUGCGCCACAAGCGCUGCUCCUGCGCCACUUUCCUAGACAAGGAGUGCGUGUACUUCUGCCACCUGGACAUCAUCUGGGUCAACACACCUGAGCGCGUGGUCUCAUACGGGCUUGGAAACGCGCCGCGAGCCCGGCGAGCGCUCCCGGACUCCAUGGCAACCACCCGCGCGCCCCGCUGCCGGUGCGUCCGCGAGGACGACGGCAGCUGCGCAAACUUCUGUCACAGGCGUGAUGAUGAUGCGAGAGACGCGCCGCUUGGGACCAAACCGGGAGGAGGCACGCGCCACACUGACAGGAUGAAGAAGGACGUGGCGUGGAGGGCAGUUCUCAAAGCCCGCCUGCUGCUGCAGACCUGGAGGGACAGGGGGCGCCACAGAGCUAGAGCCCCGCCCCCUCCAUCUAACAACCCCCAGACACUGAGUGCAUCACUGGGACGGUUUUUGCAGAGAUCACCCCUUCCUCACAAAGGACUCCGGUUCUCUUCUGGACUCGUUUGAAGCCGUGGAUCUGGAUAUGUUCCACAGCAGAACUUUCAGCACCAUCUUCCCUAUUUAUUUAUUCACCCCCUCCUCCUCCAGAUCUCCAGACCACAUUGGUCCACCGCGCUGGUUUCUUCAUUUCUGUGAAAUGGUUUUUGUGUGAAUGUGCCAAAGCCCGGCACGAUUGAAUAAAAACUGAUAUUUAAC